AUGGACGCCAAUCCUGACCUCCUGGGUCCCGAGGCUGCCCUUGCCUAUGGAUAUCUCGUCGAGGACUGCGAGGGAACCCACAGGAAACUGCUCACCGACCACCGGUUCAAUCCUCUCCACCCCUCCUUUCUGGACCGGAUCCCGGCAGGCCCCUUUGACGAAGGCUCCUUUGGCGACGAAUGCCUUGCCCACUCAGUAAAAUUUCCGGCGUGCGCACUUCAGGAGACUUUCGAUAUAGACGCCGAAAUCCUGCGCGCCAUUGCCGAGGCGUGCCGUGGCUAUGAGGAGGACGAGGACGAGCUGACGCCACUGGUGAAGGAGCUAUGCCGUAUCCGGGCUCCAGAAGCGCCGCCGCUGUGGGAGCUUCCGCUGGUGUCUGCGCCGAGUGAGACGGAAUACCGUGCCCUCGUUCGACGUGUCCAGACGGUAGGGCCUGUCUCCAUCGAGGUCGACGAUAUUCCCCUGGAUGCGCUGGAUGUCGACCGCGGCCAAGGGAUAGCCUUCCCGCCGUCUGUGUAUGCACAGAUGGACCAGCUGGACAGGUCUUUGACUCAGGGGAUGCAAGUCACCAGGGAAUCGUUGAUAUAUCUCGCACAGCAACUCGAAAAGGACAACUCUGCCGACCAAGGCUUCGAGGACAUGCUCAAAGACUUGGUCAUGCCACGGGAGAAGAAACCUCGGGACUUCCAUCUCACGCCUCCAGCGACUCCACUAUUUGCAGAAGCAGAGCCGUUCAUUCCCAACUCGGAUGCUGCCCAAAUACCCAGCCCGUCUGAGCCACGGUCAUUGCUCAGUGAAGAACUUGGGAUGGCAGAGGCGACUAUUUUUAACCAGUAUCGAGACGAAAUCAGCCAUCCCGAAUCGGCAGCAUCCGGCUGUUCUAAGGGUAACCCUUUCACAGACGGUCCCUCAUCAGACGGUCCCCUAGUGAUGGAAUCUUGUGAAAGGAGAAUUGCAGACUAUAAGCUAGAAGUUCCCUUGUUCAGCAGUCGCCAUCCCGAGCCGCUAGCGAUCGAGAUGGACUUCCCAUCUCUUCAGCUAGGGCCGUUGUCCAAGACAGUGGAUGAGAAGUGUGAUCACGUUGACAAACAGCUUCAUGAAAAGCUCCAGGAAGCAGCAGAAAAGGCUUCUCGGCGUGUUGAGCAGGAGCAACUCGAUCCUCUCGAUGGACUCGUCAGGAUCAAGGUGCCGGUGGUGGACUUCACACGACCCGUCGCGGACUGGGGCCAUCUAGCCGGCGAUCCCAAGGCCAUGUUCAAGCACAUCAUCCGCUCGCAUCCUGGCGGCUUCAAUCUGCCCAAGUGGCCAGUGGACAAACGCGCGGAGAGGGAGCUCAGGUGGGUGCUAACAACGUCCGGUGCGGCUGUAUCAACAGCCGAGACGCUCACCGCAGCAGAAGAGUUAAAUCUCGACGAGCUGCUUGGCGACAUGGACGACACCCCUGAGAGCGCACUGUUUGUCCAGAAGCCCAGGGGCCUUGUCGUACUGCGAUGUAGUCAAGAUUCGGACGAUGAUGUCGAGCCCUGGUUCGGUACACCGCCAUCGGCUCAGAUUACGGCCUCGGUGCCAGAUCCGGCCGUCGCCGACGCUGACGACCUGAUGGAGCUUGUCAGAAAGAGGAAACAGUCAUCGAAGAAGAAGCUCAAGGCUCAGAGAUCGCCGAAACGGGCAAGGGGCGGAGCGGAUGCGCGACCCAGGGGGGCGCUGCUGAUGGAUGGCAGGCAUCCCCAAAGCGCCCAACUUCUCACGUCGUUCCUGAAAAUCAGGGGGAUGGAAUCGCCAGAGCCAAAACCCACCGAUCAGGCUGUAGCGCACCCGGUCAUUGUCGAUGGCAGUGGGCCAGCGAGUGACACACCCGGGGCCGGUGACGGGAUCCAGCCGGCGAUCAGCCCUGAACCUUUGGUGGCCAACCAGACCGAGGAGGCAAGAGCAAGCAAGAUGGCGGAAGCGCCUCCGGGACCGCUUGUGGAGGUGCCCGACUUCAGCUUGAAGUUGAUAAUCUCUAUCAACCUGCCUCGAGGCCUUGUCCGAGGUCUACAAGAUCUGCUGCCUGGAGUGGAAUUCGUCGAGCGGAAUUACAACGCUAACAACUCGUCGGUCUGGGGCACGGGGGCGUCCCCACUUGGUGGCGAGGCCGACAUAACAGUGUCUCCGGCGACAGGCAUAAUAACGGCAACCACUGUGCAAGUUCGGCAGCAGACGCCGGGCAGGAGUGGCGAUGACAACAUGUUGCAGCGGCGGGUGCGGUGCGCCAGUUCCAGGUACGAGCGCUUGAUCGUGCUGGUUUCGGACGGAAGCCUGGACACCACGGCGGCCUGUCCCAUGUCGGAGGCGGACGGGCUCGCGUUCGUCAAGCUCCAGGCCUUUGCGGCACAACUCGACGCGGUAGCGACGGUGAGCGUCUACUGGGUCGCAGGCGGCGAGGCGGCCGUCGUCAGGUGGGCGGCGUCCUUUGCCUGCGCGUCGGCGGCGAGCGUGAGGCUGCUCCAGCCGCUGUUGGUCCAGGACGAGACACUGUGGGAGCUCUUUCUCCGGCGCGCGGGCAUGAAUGUGUUCGCCGCGCAGGUCAUCUGCGGGCUCCUCCAGGACCCCAGCGCCAGGGACGGCGGCAGAGUGGCAACUGGGACGCCAGGGCUGCCCGGGGACUACGGACUACCGGCGUUCCUCAGAAUGUCGGCCCAGGAGCGGGUCAACCGCUUCUCGGGGGUGCUCGGCGGACGGAGACUGCUCGACCGCGCGAGCGAGUUGAUCGACCAGCCGUGGAACAGUGAGGGGCAAGUGCGGACACGACAUCUUUCUUGACGAUCUCCGACGUGGUCAAUUUGCGAUUCAUUUACAGGGGUACUUUUGCAAUCUUUUCCGGCUAGGUCAUUCACAGUAAGGGCCAGAUCUAUCCUGUCAGUUGCUUGAACGGAGCCAACGCAAAUGCGUGAAUUGGCUUGAAUAGACGAGAGCAGGACCAUAUUUUGCUCGACAAAGCGCUGCGGCGUGUAAAUCCAUCCAAGACUGUUAGUGACUGCGCCUGCGUCGUCUUAGUCCUGACCUGGUGUGUCGCCCCCUGAGCCGAUGCUCCAUAUCCUGAGGCUGGUGUCAUCCG